CGGCGGCCCGCGGCKGGAGAUCGCUGGCCAGCGGCACGCCACACUCGCUUGGUUGGGGAGAUCGGCGCUCAGCCGGGUAAGAGUGAGCCUGGGAGAUGGCAGUGAUGGAAGUGGCCUGCCCAGGCGCCCCUGGCUCAGCCAUCGGGCAGCAGAAGGAGCUGGCCAAGGCCAAGGAGAAGACACAGUCACUGGGAAAGAAGCAGAGCUGCGUCUACAAGCUGGAGGCUGUGGAGAAGAGCCCAGUGUUCUGCGGGAAGUGGGACAUCCUGAAUGACGUGAUUACCAAAGGCACAGCUAAGGAAGGCUCUGAAGGCGGCCCAGCCGCCAUCUCCAUCAUCGCCCAGGCUGAAUGUGAAAAUAGCCAAGAGUUCAGCCCCACCUUCUCAGAACGAAUCUUCAUCGCGGGGUCUAAGCAGUACAGCCAUCCUGAGAGUCUUGAUCAAAUCCCCAACAAUGUGGCCCAUGCAACCGAGGGCAAAAUGGCCCGUGUGUGUUGGAAGGGAAAGCGUCACAGCAAAGCCCGGAAGAAACGGAAGAAGAAGAGCUCGAAGGCAGGAGUGUCCUUGGCCAAACCCUUGCCCAGAACCCCUGAGCAGGAGAGCUGCACAGUUCCAGUGCAGGAGGACGAGUCUCCACUAGGUGCCCUGUAUGUCAGAAAUGCCCCCCAGUUCACAAAGCCUCUGAAGGAACCAGGCCUUGACCACCUCAGCUUUAAGAAACUCGGAGAGGAUCUACGGCCAGUGCUGCCUCGACCGGAACUCCAUAAACUCAUCAGCCCCUUGCAAUGUCUAAACCACGUGUGGAAACUCCACCACCCGCAGGACAUGGGCCCCCUGCCCCAUUCCGCUCACCCCUUUCCCUACAGCAGAUUGCCCCAUCCUUUCCCAUUCCACCCUCUCCAGCCCUGGAAACCUCACCCACUGGAAUCCUUCUUCCUGGGCAAACUAGCCUGUGUAGAUGACCAGAAGCCUCUUCCCGGCCCACACGUAAGCAAACUGACCUGCAUAGACAGUCAGAAACCCCUGCCUGGCCCACACCUGGAGCCCAGCUUCCCGAUUCAGAGUUCCCGUGAGAAGUUCGUGGAAGAGUACCUGGUGCAUGCUCUCCAAGGCAGUGUGAGCUCAGGCCAGGCCCACAGCUUGGCCAGCCUGGCCAAAACAUGGUCAGCCGGGGGCUCCAGGGCCCAGAGGCCCAGCCCUGAAACCGAGGACAAUGAAGGCGUACUGCUUAAUGAGAAGCUCAAGCCAGUGGAUUAUGAGUACCGAGAAGAAGCCCACUGGGCCACGCGCCAGCCCCGCCUAGGCAGAGGCUCCUUCGGAGAGGUCCACAGAAUGAAGGACAAGCAGACAGGCUUCCAGUGUGCUGUCAAAAAGGUGCGGGUCGAGGUGUUUCGGGCAGAGGAACUGAUGGCAUGUGCAGGAUUGACCUCACCCAGAAUCGUCCCUUUGUAUGGUGCUGUAAGGGAAGGUCCUUGGGUCAAUAUCUUCAUGGAGCUGUUGGAAGGUGGCUCACUGGGCCAGCUCAUAAAGCAGAAGGGCUGUCUGCCAGAGGACCGGGCCCUUUACUACCUGGGCCAGGCCCUGGAGGGGCUGGAGUACCUCCAUUCACGGCGGAUUCUGCAUGGAGAUAUCAAAGCUGACAACGUGCUUCUGUCCACUGAUGGGAGCCAUGCGGCCCUCUGUGACUUUGGCCAUGCCGUGUGCCUGCAACCUGAUGGCCUGGGGAAGUCCUUGCUCACAGGGGACUACAUCCCUGGCACAGAGACCCACAUGGCCCCGGAGGUGGUGAUGGGCAAGCCCUGUGAUGCCAAGGUGGACAUCUGGAGCAGCUGCUGCAUGAUGCUGCACAUGCUCAACGGCUGCCACCCCUGGACUCAGUAUUUCCGAGGGCCGCUCUGCCUCAAGAUUGCCAACGAGCCUCCGCCUGUGAGAGAGAUCCCCCCCUCCUGCUCCCCUCUCACGGCCCAAGCCAUCCAAGAAGGGCUGAGGAAGGAACCUGUCCACCGAGCAUCAGCGACAGAGCUGCGGGGCAAGGUUGGCCGGGCACUGCAGCAAGUGGGAGGUCUGAAGAGCCCUUGGAGGGGAGAAUAUAAAGAACCAAGACAUCCACCGCCACACCAAGCCAACUGCCACCAGGCCCCACAUGCCCAGCCAAGGGAGCGGUCACCAGCURUGGACACCACUGGAGGGGCCCCUAAGCUUCAGCCUCCUCUACCACCAGAGCCCCCAGAGCGGAACAAGUCUCCAGCCCUGAGCAAGGAGGAAUCUGGCAUGUGGGAACCCUUGCCUUUGUCCUCCCUGGACCCGGCGCCUGCCAGAAGCCCCAGCUCACCAGAGCGGAGAGCAACCUUCCCCCAGCUGGAGCUGCAGCAGCUGGAAAUAGAAUUAUUUCUGAACAGCCUGUCCCAACCUUUUUCUCUGGAGGAGCAGGAACAAAUUCUUUCAUGCCUCAGCAUCGACAGCCGCUCCCUGUCAGAUGACAGUGAGAAGAACCCAUCAAAGGCCUCUCAGAGCUCUCGGGACACCCUGAGUUCCGGUGUACACUCAUGGGGCAGCCAGGCGGARGCUGGAAGCUCCAGCUGCAACAUGGUGCUGGCCCGCGGGCGGCCCACCGACACCCCGAGCUACUUCAAUGGUGUGAAAGUCCAAAUACAGUCUCUCAAUGGUGAACAGCUGCACAUACGGGAGUUCCACCGGGUCAAGGUGGGAGACAUCGCAACGGGCAUCAGCAGCCAGAUCCCAGCUGCAGCCUUCAGCUUGGUGACCAAAGACGGGCAGCCUGUUCGCUAUGACAUGGAGGUGCCCGACUCGGGCAUCGAUCUGCAGUGCACCCUGGCCCCUGAUGGCAGCUUUGCCUGGAGCUGGAGGGUCAAGCAUGGCCGGCUAGAGAAUCGGCCCUAGCCCUGCCUUCCACAGCUAGCUCCAGUCCACCUGGAGCAACCUUUCUUCUGGGUGCUCAAUGCCACCCUGAAACACGAUCCAGCCUGUUCCUAGGGAUCUGCUGUCCCCUGACUCAGUAGUGGGUCCAGGGGCUGGCAGCAGCAAAG